UUCAGGGGAGGAGAUUUUCCCCCACUCCCCCCUGUCUUCCAAUCUUCCCUCAGGAUUUAUCUCAACAGAAACACGUUUUGUCCUGAAAACACCUGUGUGCAGAUCUCUCAGAGUGCCCUUGGAAUGUUGGGAAUGGUCCUCAGGCAAUUCAGUUCUGGAAUUUCCAGUGCUGUGGGUCGGGCUGGAUGUGGUAUGGUGUCAGAACAGAGGCUUUGCCACAAUUCCUCCUUCAGGAUACACCCUAGUGUGCAGCAGGCACUUUCUGAGGGGAAGCCGGUUGUAGCUUUGGAGAGCACAAUUAUAACACAUGGGAUGCCUUAUCCUCACAACAUCAGAAUGGCCAAAGAAGUGGAAGACAUUGUGCGUACAAAUGGCUCAGUGCCAGCCACAGUAGGCAUUCUAAAAGGCAGAAUUCAUGUAGGCCUGAAUGAAGAAGAGCUCCUGUUUCUAGCAAGAAGCAAACAUUGUGUCAAAGUUUCCCGAAGGGACUUGCCCUAUGUUCUAAGCCAGGGCCUUUCUGGUGGUAGCACUGUGUCUGGGACCAUGAUAGCUGCACACCGAGCUGGAAUUCCUGUGUUUGUAACAGGAGGUGUAGGAGGCGUUCAUCGUGAUGGCGAAACAACUAUGGAUAUUAGCGCAGAUUUGACAGAAUUAGGAAGGACUCCCGUAGCUGUUAUAUCGGCUGGAAUAAAAUCCAUUCUAGACAUCGGCCGGACUUUGGAAUAUCUGGAAACAGAAGGGGUCUGUGUUUCUACCUUUGGGGAUUCCCGAGAAUUUCCUGCCUUCUUUACACCACAAAGUGGUUUCCAGGCCCCCUGUCAUGUCCAAAAUGAAGUGGAGGCUGCACAAUUAAUUGCCAACUCUCUGGAGCUCAGAUUGGGUAGUGGUCUUCUAAUCGCUAUUCCUAUUCCUCAUGAGCAUUCAGCAUCUGGACAAGUGAUAGAGAAGGCAAUUCAGCAGGCACUUAGUGAAGCAAGGUUAAAUGGUAUCCUGGGAAAAGAAGUGACUCCAUUUGUGCUGCAGAGAGUAAAUGAGCUCACGGGAGGAAAGUCCUUGGAAUCCAACAUUGCACUUAUUAGAAACAACGCCAAGGUGGGCAGUCGCAUUGCAGUAGCUCUCAGUAAGAUCUGGAAACCCAAAGGAGGCCUGACGAAAGAAUUUAGGUAUCCAGAGAGGCAUGCACCCCCUCACGUUGAUUCCAGGCCAGUGGUGAUUGGGGGCAUCAAUGUUGAUUUCAUAGCAAAGGCAGCUCACAACUCACUGGUGUUCGGUGGUCAGACCAAUCCCGGACAGGUUCAUCAGUCUUUUGGAGGUGUUGGCAGGAACUUGGCAGAUUGUCUAAGCCGCCUGGGUGAGAAGCCACUGUUUAUCUCAGCGUUGGGACAAGAUGAACACGCAGAAUCACUCAUCCAGUAUUGUGGUCAUAUGGACAUGCGCGGUGUGGAACAGAUGAAAGGUCAGAAAACAGCUACCUACUGCGCAGUGAUCACAGACAGUGGGGAGCUGAGCCUUGGGCUGGGUGAUAUGGACAUCCAUCAUCAAAUAACAGAGACCUAUGUGUCUAGAUUUGCAGACAGUCUCCGCCAAGCCUCACUGCUAUGUAUAGAUGGGAAUGUUCCACUCUCUACCAUCCAAUAUGUCUGUGAUCUCGCCAAGCAGAGCUCAGUGCCAGUUUGUUAUGAACCUACGGAUGUAGACAAAGCUGCAAAACCUUUCCGGGUGGACAGUUGGAAAGCCCUGACUUACAUCUCUCCAAAUUUGAGAGAGCUGAUAUCCAUCAAUAUGACCCUAGGGUACCCAGUGCACUUUGAUAUUCCAUCAGAAUUAGACAGCAUCAUUGACACCGCCAUUGCGCUCUCACUGCCGCUCCUGGAGUAUUUGCGCUGUGUGAUAAUAACUUUAGGAGCCAAUGGAGUGCUCUUGUGUGGUCACAGUGAUGGGGAAUCGCUGCUCUUGUGUCCCAAAGCUAAGAUACGCCGAGGAGAGAUGUGUGCCAUGCAUUACCCUGCAGCCCCAAUUUCACCAAAGGAAAUCAUCAAUGUAUCUGGAGCAGGGGACAGCUUCAUGGCUGGCCUACUCUUUGGGGCUCUGGCAGAAAAGAAUACUGACAUCUGCGUUCGCAUGGGUCUACUGGCAGCCCGCCUUUCCCUCCAAGCCCAUGGACCCAUUUCUCGGCUUAUUUCCACUUCCACGGUCAGUCCACAGAAAGUUGAAGCGAUCAGUUGGCCCAAGCCCAGAGUGUGGAAUAUUAAUCCAUCUAAUGGAAAGACAUUACUUUCUUCGAGACGUCAACAAAAGCUGUAAGGGAGGCCUCUGUGCAAUUUAAGCAGCAGCAACCAUUGAUACACCAUAAUGUAUACUCCUAAACAUGUGAUUUAAAAAAAAAAAGAAAAACAUAUCUCCAUAUACAUAAAAAGGACAAAUUGUUUAUAGGAGUCCACAGAUACAAAAUACAUCUUUCAGGACAUGUAUAGGGUAAACACGUGAACUGUACCAUUUAAGAUGUCUGCAAUCAGUAAUUUUAUAACAUGACAGGAGGCUUCAUAUUUUGCAUAAUCUCUCUUUACUAGCUUCAAAGCAGCAAAGAAAGACAUAGAAAAAAGGAACAAAUCACAAGUGAGUAGGAUGUACAUGAGGUAUAGUGACCUAAGAACUUCCUCUUUCUUUGCUGCUCCAUCAAGCCGACAGGUCAGAGCAUAACUAUUCUCCAUUACUUUAUGUUCUUAUUGCCUCUCUUGGGGUUGUGUCUUUAUUGUAUUUGGUAUAUUUCACUGUUGCAAUCUGCAAUAUACGUCUAUGCUACAUU